CAGUAGCGCUGCGUUAGCUCGGUGGCUACAAGAAAGCUAGCUUGCUGUUCAGGGGGGCGAAACGCCGGCGCUCCAAAAGGACGACCUAUUUAACGAAUUGAAAGAUUUUACCGAAAGCAAGACAUUUUACUCUUAAAGGUCGUGUAUAAAUCUCGAGGGGCGAAGGUGAAGGUCGAGACACCAGCCCAAACUGAACCCAGCCACAGAGUCAAACAUCAGACAGACGACAGCCCUGCACACAGACGCUAUGGAUCGUUCACCCACCACCUCCAGCCUGAUGGCCAGCAGCAACGUCACCAACAAGACGGACCCACGCUCCCUCAACUCACGGGUUUUCAUUGGCAACCUCAACACUCUGCUGGUGACCAAAGGAGACGUCGAGGCCAUCUUCUCCAAGUAUGGCAAGAUCGUCGGCUGCUCCGUCCACAAGGGCUACGCAUUUGUUCAAUACUCCAACGAGAGGAACGCUCGGGCUGCUGUCGCGGGAGAAGAUGGCAGGAUGAUUGUUGGACAAGUGCUUGACAUCAACCUGGCUGGGGAACCCAAACCACACAGGUCAAAAACUACCAAGCGUUCUGCUGGAGACAUGUACAGCAGUUCUUCGUUCGACCUCGACUACGACUUUCAAAGAGAUUAUUACGACAGAAUGUACUCCUACCCGUCCCGCGUCCCUGCUCCCCCUCCCCCCUUGUCACGGGCUGUGAUCCCGUCCAAACGCCCACGGGUCAGCCUCAGUGGAGGGAGCAGUCGGCGAACCAAGAGCAGCAGCUUCUCUUCCUCCAAGAGCAGUCAGAGAACAUCUUCAUCCAGAACGAUGAAAGUGGACGAGUUACAGACCAUCAAGCGCGAAUUGACCCAAAUCAAAAGCAAAGUGGACGACCUGUUGGGCAGCCUGGAGCGCAUGGAGAAGGACCACAGCAAGAAGUCUGUUAAGAGCUUAAAAACCGAGCCAGGAGAGGUGACUUCACCACCUCACACGAGCAAUAAGAAGGAAGACAUGCUAAAGAGAGAGAGGGAGUGCCAAGAUAUAAACGACUCAGAGGACGACGAGGAGGAGGAAGAAGAGGGAGACCUGCUCGAGGACGAGGUAAAGAGUCAAGAGGAAGAGGAGGAAGAGGAGGAGGAAGGCGAGCACGUGGAAGGUGACGAUGAUGGCGACAGUGUCAACGGCGAAGAGGACUCGUAGGCUCGGCACGCACACACAUUCGCGAGGCAUUUGCAGCUUCCAGUAGGAACUCGGACUCGCGUUGUAGAUACAAAAGGCAAACACACGCAUGGUGCACACAUGUUGUCCCAUUUGUUCCUAAGGCUGAUUUUCUUCCCCCCCAUGCUUUGUUACUUCUGCCAGUUGCCAGUGUCACCACAGGAAUGGUUAGCUGUAGGUUUUGGUUUGAGUUUUUACGGAGUCAUGACCCGUCGUCAGGAGAAGACAGAAACAUGGACUGUUAAUGUUCUCAGAGACGACAGCUCGACGGACAUGUCCUAACGCAAAAUCCCGGAAAUUCAGCAACAGAAGUACACAUUUUUAGGUUCAGUGUGUUUUGUUCUGUAUUUUUUCCUCAUCAGCGAGUUUGACCUUGUGUGUCUGUAUGUCAAUGUCUGUUUUUUUUAUACUGUUUAGUUUGCGUUUAACUGUUAAGAAAUAAAUUGCAAUAAAAAUAUUAAAGUUGGA